CUGAUGAACACUGGUGUCGGUCGACGGCGAAGAGAUGCUUGCUUUCACGUUUUCUUGCUCUUUUUCGUAUUAAUCGUGCACGCGCCGGCUGCGAGAUGCGUUCGCCGCGCACAGUCCGCAGCCCCUCGAGACGAGCGUGUGGACGAACUGCCGGGUGAAGAGGUAGAAAAAGUGGGCUCCUUUGGCUUCUAUAUGGACUUGACCAUCUGCAUAGUGCUGGUGACAUUAGCAGGUUUGAUGUCCGGAUUGACGCUAGGACUGAUGGGGCUGGACCUCAACAUGUUAGAGAUAUUGCUUAAACAUGGGACCCCAGAAGAGAAACAUUGCGCAUCCAAAAUUUUGCCAUUGGUCAAGAGGCACCAUUUGUCUUUGGUGACCCUUCUGCUGACCAAUGCCUGCGCCAUGGAGGCCCUACCCAUUUUUUUAGAGCGACUGGUUCCUCCUUGGGCGGCGAUAUUCCUUUCGGUGACAGCCGUGCUGUUAUUUGGCGAAAUUAUCCCGCAGGCGAUCUUUUCCAGGUGGGCUCUGCGCUUGGGCGGAAAAACGUAUUGGAUAGUGUGGUGCCUGAUCUACAUUUCGUGGCCAAUUAGUUGGCCCAUUUCGAAGUUGCUGGACUACCUGAUAGGAGAAAAAAUCGGCACGCUGUAUAAGCGAAAUCAACUUAAGGAGUUUGUAGGCUUUCACGCCGCCAAAGCAUUUGAGUUUCAUGGCCCCGGGAACGGGAACAAUUCGCCAGGAGCGCACUAUAUUGAGCUGAACACCGGAAGCAAGAUGCCGAGCGAGGACCUCUUGACCGAAGACGAGGUGGUUAUUAUCAAGGGGGUACUAGAUUUGGCGUCGAAGACGGUCGAAUCGGCGAUGACACCCUUGAACAAGGUUUUUUCGUUGAGCAUAACCGACAAUAUUGAUGCCAACACCAUGCGGAUCAUCUCGCACUUCGGACACAGCCGAAUUCCGUUGUGGGAGGGCCGUCCGUCUAAUUUAGUAGGGAUGCUUCUUGUCAAAACACUCACUUUAAAGUUCAUUUUAGAGGGCGGGAAGCUUCAGGGAACGGACUUCCGAAAGGAACUGCCUCUGUUCAAUCGAAACAUAUUGCUGUACACGGCGUUGAACUUGUUUCAGACGGGAAAGAGCCACAUGGCGGGCGUAAUAGACCAACACGGAGAGGCGAUAGGAAUCAUCACGUUAGAGGAUAUCAUAGAGGAAAUGAUUCAAGAAGAAAUCGAAGAUGAGAUGGACGUGAAGAACAAAGAGCGCAUCGCCGCCCUAAUCUCGAGGUCGAGCAAACCUCAGCUCGAAAUGCUGACAAAUAAAAACAAGCAGCACGAGGUCUAG